GCCGUAUAGCGCGAGGAGCUGGGAGGCGGCGUCCGGAGGGGCCUGGGGGCCGGCGGCGCCGCCGCGGCGCCGGAGCUGGGCCACCGAGGCCUGCAGGGUCUGGAGGGCGCGGAGCGCCUCGUCGUACCCGAGCUGGCCGCCGGCCUCGGCGAGCAUCCUGAAGUGCAUCUGCGUGGCGCUGAAGGCGCGGCACGCCAGCGAGGCGUCGUGAGCGACCCACAGGAUCGGCAGCGGCGCGGCCAGCCCGCGCGAGCGCAGGUUCAGCACCACGUUGUUGAGGAAGGCGAGCGUGUCCUCGGCGGGCGCCGCGGCGGUUUGGGCCGUGUCCCGGCACGCCUGCCCCAGCGCCGCGGCGCAGCUCGAGACGAGCCGGCAGCCUGCCGCGGUCUGCAUGACGUCCGCGACGAGCCUCUCUAGCUCGACGAACCGGUCGCACUUGCCGAGCGCGCGCCGCAGCGGCUCCUCGUCGCCCGGGCCGGGCUCGUCCCGCUGCAGCUGCCGGGUGAGCCGCUGUCGGCGCAGCAAGUACGCGAUCGUCUUGGACGGCGUGUACCACGCCCAGUCGGGCACGCCGUUGCGCUCGAAGAGGUCACGGGCCUCGUGGCGGGCACCGCUGUCGCCGAGGAGAGACGGAUCCUUUUCGUCUCCUCCCACUUCCUGCCGUCCUGCCUUCUCUCCUGCCCCCACUUCACUCGCCUCCCCUCCUCCCUCGACUUUCGGCCCCUCGGGCGCCGCGGGCGCCUCGUCGGCAAGCGCGGCGGCGAGCGCGGCGGCGAGCACGUCGCGGUCGGUGACCCGCCAGGCAUGGAAGAGACCGGCGCCCAGGGUGGCGGCGAAGGCGGCCUGGCGGGCGCUGUGGUCACGCUCGAAAGCGGCGACGCGGGCGCGGACGAGCUUCUGGGCGCGGGCGCGCGCGCGGACGCCGCUGUCCGGGAGGCCGUCGAGGCUCUCCUGGUAGGGCCGCACGUAGGGGCAGUCCUCGGCGUCGAGGUCGAGCAGCAGCCUCGAGGCCUCGAAGAUGCGGUGGCUCGCCCGCGCCGGCCGCGCCGGACCCUUCCGCCGGUGCAGGGCCCGGACGUGGCCGUGCUGGAAGCGUGUCUGCGGAGACGGCGACGGCGACGGCGGCGGUGCUCGCCAGGGGAGCAGCACCCGCUGGCUGCCGAAUCGCUGCAUGUCGACGGAAUGGUGUGCGGCCCGAGUACUGAAGCAGGUAUUGGGUACCAGAUGGGGAGGGCUCACAUCUUGGGCUUCAAUCACGUCUCGCAAGUCGGCAGGCAGCAGGCCACGCACAGAGGUAGGUAUAACCAGCAGGCAAAUGGGUAAGCAGGCGGGUAUAUUAUAUUGUGUGGUGUUUUGGAGAUGGUGCGAAUACGCCCAGUUAUGUAGGUAGGUAUAGAGAGAACGCAGGUAAUUGAACGGCUUCUCUACAUGAUGCACUGCCACCUACGCAUCAUGCAAGAGCCUCUCGGCGCUGCGUCGCGAGACCAGCUCGAUAGAGACGCUGGCACGAGGGGAGGAGGGGAGGGCGGAGGGAUGAGCGCCUGAUGGGGGUGCCUUCUGGGCUGCUGCUCCUGGAAAUUCCCCUAGCUAAUUAUGCCCGUCUAGGCUUGGGCUUGCCGUUAGUGACAGCUUCCCCGGAUUUCUGGGGUAAAGGGGAAAAUGGCGCUAGACAGACGGGCUUUAGUGGGUUAAAUACCUUGGAAAUG